UGUUCCUGCAAGGAAACCGGACCAACCGACUGACAGGUGAUACCAUAGUGAGGUCUGUUUGUGUCCCAACAAGGCUUCUAGUUUACAAAAAAAAAAAAAGGUACAUAAAUAAAUAAAUAAAAGGUAAAAUAGCAUCGCCGAAACUCAAGCCAGGAUGUCGAGGCAGGGUAACCGAGGUACAGAGGGCAAGAAAAUGCUUUGGUAUCUGCCAUUUAUUUCACCUUCUGCAUCUAUGCAUCUCAUGAAUUCUGAGCUGUUUACCCUUACUUACGGAGCGCUGGUCACGCAGCUGUGCAAGGACUAUGAAAACGAUGAAGAAGUCAAUAAACAGCUGGACAAGAUGGGAUACAACAUGGGCGUGCGGUUAAUAGAAGACUUUUUGGCACGGUCGAGUGUUGGAAGGUGUCAUGAUUUUCGGGAGACGGCUGACGUUAUUGCAAAGGUGGCGUUCAAGAUGUACCUGGGCAUCACCCCGAGUGUGACCAACUGGAGCCCUGCAGGGGACGAGUUCUCCCUCAUACUGGAGAGUAACCCCCUGGUGGACUUCGUGGAGCUGCCGGACAACCACAAUGGCCUGAUCUACUCCAACCUGCUGUGCGGGGUUCUGCGAGGAGCGCUGGAGAUGGUGCAGAUGGCUGUGGAUGUGAAGUUUGCUCAGGACACGUUGAGAGGAGACAACGUGACGGAGAUCCGGAUGAAAUUCAUCAAGCGCAUAGAGGAGAACAUCCCUGUCGGGGACGAGUGAUGUGGAGGAGAGAGGAGGGAGAGGGGCUGGUCUGUGAGAGCGGAAAGCUGAGCUGGAUAUAAUAGGGAUGGCCAGACACAGCCCUCAGGACCAUUCUACUGCAGGCUAUUGAUUCAACCCAGCCCUCACCAGAGUGCUUUUAAAAUGUUUUAUUAUUGUUAUUUCAAAAAAUGAAUACAGAGCUUGCAACGUGCACUGCCCUGCAUGCAGCACUCGAGAUUUCUACCUACAGUUAAGUAUAUUCUUUAAAUGAUCAGAAGCUAGGAGUUUGAUGUUAAAUAAAUUCCCCUCUCAUAGCUGUGUAAACAGUUUCUAUUAGUAAACCUGCAGACUUACUCAUGCUGUGAUAAGUGCAGGCGGUUCAGAGCAGAUUUACCAGGGGCCCGGUUGCUUAAACUCCUGGGACCUGGUCAUUUAAAUAAUAUACUUAAACAAGGGAAGUUCUGAAACUGACUCAUAAGUUUGUAAAAGAAAAAAAAAAAAGAGCUGCAGAAAAGUGUAUUCAGGAGUCUGUUUUAUGGUGCUGGUUGGAACAAAGUCCUGGACUGGAAUAGUCUUCGGGGUUGGACUUUGGCCAUCCCUGGACAAGGGGAUUUUUUUUGUGUGUGUGUGUUUUUAACUUCUAUCCUGUGAUAUUUUUGGGAAACUGUGGUGCCCGUACAUUUCUUAUUAUUUGAAUAUUGAUUAUUCCAUCAAGACGUGGACAAAGCUUGUCAAACUGUGAGCUACACAGAACUAGUACCGGGAGGUAAAUGGUUAACAAGCCGGAAAAGUGGUGUCCCUUUUUUUUCCCUCCCAUUUUUGUUAUUCAGCACAACAGUCAAGUUGAGCUAAAACAGUUAGCACGCCCCCUUGUGGAAAGCGACGGGAGUACACACAUCAUUCCAGGGUUUGUUUUUCAUGUAUUUAGUUCCAUUUCUGAUUUUGUUUAAUUUCUUUUCUCUUCUGUGGGAAAACAAAAAAGUGUACAGAACUAACCAAGAGUUUAACUUAUUCCAUGAAAUAAACACUUUUUGUUUCCUUUU